AUGCUUCCACCAAUUAGAGCAAAGUAUCUGAAACUUAUUCCCCACGAGUGUAACAGCAUCUGCUGUCUCAGGGUGGGAGUGAUUCCGCUUAUAGUUGGUAAGUGCCCACCCUUUAUUAAACACUCUAUGACUGGUCUCUUGGAAAACAGUUAAUUUUGCUUCCCGGGAAUCUCACAUUGAGAUUCAAAGGAAACAAAAUUAACUGUUUCUCCUGUCACCCUCUAACGUCAUAGAGUUUGACAUGUUGCCUGCUCAGAGAUUUUGGCGGGAAACAGUUGCAUUAUUAGAUGUCAUGUGACCUCGAAGUAACCAAUACGAUCGCGCGCUGUUAGGAAAAAAAUUCCCGCUAUAUAGUCUACAUAUGUGGCGUCUUACAGAGGACGUAAACACGCACGAGCAUGAAUUUCGUUUACCCUUUUUCAACUUAAAUGUGUUCCGUGAGAAUUUAACUCCUGGAAAAUUCUUCUAUAUUUGACAAGUCGAGCGUGCUAGAAUAAAGGCUUUUGUUAGUUAAAGGGGAACGUAGCUGUGCGCGAGCAAAAUGACGUGUUUAAUACGACAAAAACAAUAAUGUCAUAUGUUCGACAACAACAACAACAAUUACAAAGAAAAAUAAGUAAAUAUUGGUCAUUUCUGGACGCAUUUUCUAGCCACGAAUAAUGAAUAUCGCAUUCGGGACAUUUCUUAGUAUUUUUUUUACCGUAGAUUCAAGUAAGAUAACUAAGCAAAAUUCAUGUUUUUUUCUCAAACGCCCUCGCAUGAAAAAUCCGAGGAAUGAGCAGUCUAUUGAGACCAUCCUUAAUUGUCCACUGGGAAUGGGCACAAGCUUACGACGCAACGAUUUCUGGGAUCGUGUAGUUGCACAAGCGAGACUUGUGAUUGGUUAUUAUAACAUAGCUAGAAAAUUCGUUUAAUCAAAUUCAAUAGCGCGAGCGUGCUUCAUAUUCCUAUUGAGCACGCUGAUGACGUCAAUAAACUAUUCGUAAUUCCUCGGGUUGUUAAUGUGAGCCUAGCAAUCCUGAGUCUCCUGAGUGCAUCCAUAACUCAACAGUACACAAUGAAGCGUUUACCAUGUGUUUUAUAAGAAAAUUUACAGUAAGAGGAAACGUUUGAAUUAAUUUGCUAACCGAUAGUAAGGAAAAGAGGUGAGUGUUGUUCUUGUUGUUGUCAUCUCCGCGAGCGCGCCCUACAAUAAUAAAAUUUUAAAUUAACUGCUGCAUUUAUCACUUUGAUAAUGUUAUAAAACAAUUAGUUCAUGCUCCAGCUGUGCGUAUGUCGAGAUAUUGGAGCAUGAACUAAUUGUUAAAUGGUUGCCUUGAAUACCAUCGACCAAUCAGAACUAACGCUUGUCCGCCCAAACGGUCCUAAAAAUCACUUCACCCAAACCUUGUACCCAUUUUCCCUAGAUUUUGUCAACUAAGGAAUUCCCUUUUGUUGCAUUUAUUUUAGAUGAAGAAGGCAAACAUGCUGGCUUUAUAAUAUCAUCGGAAGGAAAGCCAUCAAGAGAAGGGUUUUCCCUGCAUUAUCAAUCGAACAUUUUGCAGAACAAGACUUCAUAUCAAUUGGAAUUGAGUACCACAAAGAGGAAGUGGAAAAUGGACAUCAACCGUGAACCGGUUAUCCCGCGCGGUUGGCGUCACGUGUUCAUAACCUGGGACCCAAUCUGGGGACUAAAAUACUUUGAAAAUGGAAAACUGGUAAAAAAGCAAGAAACGUUUGACAUUAUCAACGUUCAGAACCACCAUCACCACGUACUUAUUGGCAAGGCGCCAUCGUACAAUCUCAUACAUAAACAGUAUACACUUCAAAUGUCGGACCUCGAGGUUUGGUAUAACUUUCUGACCGAGGCAGCAGUGAAAGAGAAGCUAAACUUAGCAGGUAAUUUAUUAACAAAGUAUUGCCACGGAUAGAUACCUUUAAAAUAUUGGAAAGAUGACUCCGUUACCAGUAAAUCAGUCAUUGCAUGAACAAAUGAAACAAAAAAGUAACCAUUAAAUUGGUAAUGUCGCUCACGACUCCCUCCGUCUUGUCUUUGGACGUUCUUGCUUAUUAUGUUCUGCGUUAUCGUCUUUGAGUAACUUUGACGCCGAACAGUUUGGUAAGUUAGCUAUUUUUUUGGUUUUGGGCUUUGUUUUCUUUUUUUUUUAGGUUUCGGGACGAUUUUUAUUGAGAACUUAGGUAAGUCCGCGUUUGAAUACUAUUUUUUGAAGCUCGCUAGGAAUAAAUGGGUGCGAGGGAGACACGCGGAAUAUGUGGGCGUUGGAAGUUCAUAAAUAAAGCUGCAGGAAAAAAAAAAGUUCAUAUGAAUCCCUCGCAAUUCGUAUCGACAGGUAAUGAACGGAUGGAUAGUGAAUGACAGAUCGAUAGAUAGAUGAACAGUCAACCAAGGAAAAAAACGAAUGAAUGAUUAAAAUGAAGAAGUGGAUAAAUAGGAGGGAGGGAGUAAUGAGGGCUGGAAAAAUGAAUGUAAAGAGAGUAAAUGAACGAAUAAAUAAAUAAAGUAAUAAAUGAAAACAAUAGCUGUAAGGUCGAUCUAACGAUGCUGUGACAAUUGCAGGUGUCAACCGAAUCGGGAAUCUAGAAAAAACAGAUGCAGGUUAUUUCAAAUGGCAUUUACAAACAAACUGUACACCGACCAACGAUACAGGAUCUUGUCAUGGAAGUGAGUCAGCAUCUAUCGUGCUCAUUAGAUAGAUUUAUUACGUUACGGAAUUUCUGAGACCAGAUUGGUUGGCUCAGGAAGAUUUCUUUCUACAUGAAGGGGAGAACGUACGAAUGGACAAUAUUGUCAGGAAAAAACUUUCUUACCUAUGGUGCUCUGUGCGAGCGCUUGGUGCACACGAGAGAUGCCCAACCUGUGCAGGCCAAAAACCUCUGUUUAAAACCCUGCUAAUAUAAAUGGACAUAAUACUCUCUGGCUUGGCUUAAUACUUCAAUAAAAUAAUAUCUCUGUUUAAGACAAGAUCUCUUUAAAAUUGUAAAGAUCCUUUUCACGUGACGUCACGGCAGCCACAUUGUUCAGCAAUGUUGGUCGACCAAAAAGAUCCUCAAAUUGGGAUUAAACGUAAAAACGUUCUUUGGUUUCACGAAAUUUGCUUAGCGGUUGAACACGUCAAUGAAAACGAUUUAAAAUCUGUCCAAAAACAGAUUACUGAAGAAAAUCAUACUCUAACCAGCAGCACACUGAUAUGUACUGACAUUUUCUUUUUUUCUUUUUUUCUCCAUUUUCCAACAAACUUUCUCUUAGAAAUCAAUGACUUCAUUUAUGUCGAGUCGUCAUUUCCACAUGAAAAAGGUGAAAAAGCACGCUUCUUUAGCCGUGUUACAGUGCCCACGAGAAAUUGUUUCUCUUUCUGGUACCAUAUGUACGGGAACACGACAGGAAGACUCAAUGUGCUUUUGCGAAGUAGCAAGGAUAACGAAGAAGUACUCCUUUGGCGACUUGCUGGUCCCUUUGAAAAUAUUUGGAACAAGGCAGAGAUUCCUAUUUAUCAUAAUUAUGCAUAUGAGGUAACUACUAAUAUAUGCCUGGCUUGUACGUGACGUCAUCAUGGCGGGCGCCAUUUUGAUGAUCAAGAUCAUCAUCGUUUCUCGCUGCUGGGAAUUUUACUUUCUUUUUUCUAUUUCUAGAAAAACAAAUGUUUUGUCAUAAAAGAUAUUAUUCAUCGUGGUAUGUGUUUAAAAGGUUUACUUUAUUGUUUGUCUCAACAUAGUCAUUUAUUGAUCUCGACGUUUUGACCGCGUACUACAGAUCUUCAUCUGGCGGUAGCGUCGAUUUACUAAUUGGUAGUAAAUCAGCGCUAUGGCCUGAUGAAAACCGCACGCAGUCGAAUCAUCGCUUCCAACAACUUAGUGACUGUCGUAAGGCAAAUAAUAAAAGAAAUCCUUUAAACAAAUGUAUUGUCUUGACGAUCAACAUGGCCGCUUUGUCGCAUGGUUGCAAACCAAGACAAGAUUUUUCGUUAUGGCAAACCUCGUUAGUAUAAGGCGUUCGUGAAGGCGUUUUGUUAAAAAAACACUUUUCGAGUUUUGUUCAUUCUCUGUUUGUGUCACUUUCUUUCCAAGGUUAUUACGGAGGGAGUAGUUGGCGGUUCGCACGGUGAUAUUGCCAUCAGCGACGCUAUUUUAAGCGUUAAUGAAAGUUGCACCUUUAUGCCGAAAGAAGCUCAAUUAAAUGCUAAUGGUAAGUAGAGAUUUAGCAACUUUGUUAAGACGGCAGCGAAAGUGAAUUCAAGUUCGUUUAUACUUCCUCGCGCUAAAUAAUUAUUGCUAAUCUUGUCAAAUAAAGCCCACGAGUAAUAAUGGCUGAGCGCUACGCGCUUGGUCAUUAUUGCUAAGUCGGCCAAGGUGCGAAGCUGGUAUCUAAUUUAAUGCGCCUUUUCAUCGUCUUAGAACUGAGGAGGCAGGCAGUUCACCUUUGUGAUCACGGAAGUAUAACAGUACGUCAUUAUAUUUCCACGCCAUUGGCCUGCUCUUCCAUUUACUGAAAAUGUUGACGUGCUCUAAACAAUGGAAAGGUGUGUCAUGUAAAAGUGAGGACCGAGGGCGUAAUCCAUUGUUUGGAAUCUGCCACCAUUGUGUUAACUGAGCUUGAACAACAGGUCAUUAUUUUUUAAGUGCUCUUCUAUUUGUUGAAAAUAAUGACCUGUUCAAAACAAUGGAAAGGUGCAUUUGGCAAAUACUAUUACGAUUUCUCUUACUUCAGUUAUCAAAUCAGGAAUGAUAGGGCACAUAAAGAACUACCGAGUCACGUUGAACGACUGGUUAAUACAAGCCGGAUUCUCUACCUUUCGCCUGGUCCCUUGUUAUCGUGCUGAAGAACAUGAAUGGAGUAGUAAGGCCUUCCAUGAACGCUGUGACAACAAGAGACCAUCAUUCACACUAGUGCGGAAGAACUCUUUCGUUUUCGGGGGAUUUUCCGACCUCAUGUGGAACCAAGGUGAUGUUGAUUGGCAGCCUGAGAAAACAACCGACAUUUUGUUACGUCGCGCAGAAAUUCCGUACUGAUGACGUGUUACUAACCAGAUCUAGGCAGUGCUUCUGAUUGGCUGAAGCAAAUUUUCAAUCAAAGUCAUCAGUAUGGAAUUUCUGCGCUCGUUUCCCAGACGUCAUUUCGCAGGGAGCCAUUGGUGGCGUCGCGAAAUGUCGGCUGUUUUCUCAAGCUAGCUGAUUCGUUGCCUGCUUAGCACUCGAUAGGAACCGCUCGAUUUGAUUCUCAAUCUGUAGGCGACGUUUAGAAAGGAAUCGAACCUUCGCGAGUCUGUUUGAUUAUUCCUCGUUAACAUCCUUAACACACUGAGACAACUUCAGCGAUACCGAAUCAUCCAGUUUGGAGACCCCUAACAGUCCUUUUUCUUGUGUGUUUGCAGGAGCUUCCGGCAUAAACAGUUUGUCAAGCAUGAAAGCUUUCCUUUUCAGUCUACGCAGUUUCUACCUAAACUUGUCAACCUCUCGUCUGGAUAUUAAGCCCUUACAUAGACAUCUUGCUGUUACAUUAGAUAGUUAUAACAGGCUCAGCUUCGGGAUAAAUGAUCUGACAGUUAAUUUGGACAAUCGAAGUAUCGUGAGUGAUGUUGGAAAUGUUUACCAAGUUCCUAGUGCCUCUGAACCGGACAAGUUCUUUACGGGAGAGACUCAUUUUCAAGCAGAUGGCUUGGAAGUUCUGGUUCUUGAGGGUGAGCUAUUUCUUGCCUUGUCUUCUUGUUCCCUAACCGCCGCCUGGUUAGCUCAGUUGAGAGAGUGCCGGUCUACUGAGCGGGAGGUCACGGGUUCGAUCCCCGGCCGGGCCAACACUCAGGGUCUUUAAAUAAGUGAGAAGAAAGUGCUGCCUUUGUAAUGACAUCUGCAAACGGUUAGACUUUCUAGUCUUCUCGGAUAAGGACGAAAAACCGUAGGUCCCGUCUCACAGCACUUACACUUAUCUGGUUCUUGUGGGACGUAAAAGAACCCACAUCACUUUUCGAAAAGACUAGGGGACGUAGACCCCGGUGUUGUGGUCAACCUUCACAGAUCACGUCAUUCACAUCAUGGGCUGUGUGGGUACAGUAAGCUCACAAAUGGACUUAGAGCGGCUGCCAGUGGCGCCUUUGUAUGCUGACGUGCGAGCUUACUGUUCACAUGUUAAAAUGAAUUGUAAGAGGGCACGUCUGUUGUCCUCUCAUCCACGACUCUUCAUUUCCUUUCAUAUAUUAAAAAAGCUCAAAAAAUCAGUUCAUGACAAUUUUCGUCAUUCCGUUGUUUCAUUCUCCAGAACAAACUGUAUCAUUAAACACGGAGUCAGAUGAUACUUCUCCCGUUCGAAGAAAUUAGACGUAUAAGUGGGGCGGGGUUUGCCCAUUUGAUUCAUUUACCCCUUAGACUCGGUUUUGCAAAAUUUUCUUCAAAGUGUUUCAUUACAUUACACGCCUAAAAGUAACGUUUGGCACAUUUUCGAUAUAUGUAAUAAAACAUCGUCGCUCGUGUUUGAUAAAUUAUUUGACUUCCUGUAAGGGCAAAGUAAAGAGAAAAAGGGAAGAUGCAUGGUCCCAAGAGGAAGGGUAAACAAGAAGGGACGGUUGAAUUAACGUUUAUAAUUUUCAAGCCUUUUUUCGGUGGGGAGAGAGGGAUCUUUGGCAAUCCUUUGGUUUUUGUAAUCUGCAGAUAAUCAUCAUUUACAGUUGAAUGAAAUUGUUACAUCAGUAACAAUGCAGUUUAGCAAGUCCGGCAUUCUCCUUGGAUCGUAUUUGUCAAGAUGAUUACUUGACCUUAAACGUAACAAAUCUAUGGAGGGUUUACCCGCACAAGCAAACAGGAAACUAAGUGAUCAUCAAUACUCAGCUUUAUUGAUCUCUUUCUUUCUUCAGAUUCUGUCUGUGAGCCUUCGUGUUUUGAAGGACAAUACUGUGAUGAAAUUACGGGACAAUGCAUUUGCGAUUCAAACCGUCGCGACGAAGAAUGGUGCCUACGAAGUAUGAUAGUCUUUUUGUUUUGUUUGUAUUCAGUAUUGGUGACCUGUAGAUUAGGGUACAAGCAUGGUAUUUAGAAGGAGUUAUGUUAAGUAGCUAGAAUUCUUACAAGGCAUUUGUAUCGCUAACCAGCACAAUGGAAGGGAAACUGGAAAAUGACGAAUGGGAACAAAAACUAACUCGAACUCUAGCCCCAUCAGUAAUGUUAUUUCAUAUUCUCUGUAUUGUUCCCAUUUUUUAUUUUCCCGUUCCCCGUUCCCCGUUCCCCGUUCCCCAUUCCCCGUUUUAAUAACUUCCCAUUGUGAGGCCUGUGAUUAAACAAUAAGGCAAGUAGUGGAGAAAAAAGUUUAAUAUGAGAGACGAAAGAAAUAGCAGACAAGGUAUGAUGUUUCGGCUUCCAUGAGUUUAGGUCCGAAACAUGUUUGGAUAACUAUUAAUGUAUACCAACCGGACGAACCGGACAACAAAACUGCUAGGUUGCGUGACACUACAGAACUAUGGUAUGGUAUAGUAUGGUCUGCUCUGAUCCGGUGUGGAGCUGUGCGGUGUGGUCUGGUAUCAUAUGGUGUGGCAUUGUAUGGUAUGGUUUCGUAUGGCAUCGAAUGGGGGCGCCACGCAGCUCUUUACGAGCCCUCACAGUAUUGGCUCUGAAAACAACGGACAUAGAAAAAUAUCAAUGACUCUAUACCUAAAACAAUGGAGCUGCGUGUUAUGGAGAAUCACUAACUGAUUGAAUGGCCAGGUCUGUUAUGAUAUAGCGAUACUCAAGCUAACGUCAUCUAUUAAUAUUUAAAAUGUUUAUUAAUUUAUUUUGUUAUCAUUCUGCCAUUUAAAUUAAAAUACGUUAAAUUCAUAAAGAAGAGGCAUGGGAAACCAAGGAAACCAAUAAAACCAACUAGAACCUCAUUAGUUCUUGAAACAAAAAGAUUCGUUUGUUUCAAUCGUUAGAAAUUUGAAUAACAAAAAUAAUGUUUGUAAACAGUGAUGUGUUCUAAAUCUACUUAUGUAUCUAGUAAGCCCACUGGAAUGUCAACAAAUUCGAGCCCUGGGGAUGGAAAGUGGUGCAAUCGCUAACCAGCAAAUAAGCGCCUCCUCAGAAUGGGACCUUUAUCACGCUGCCAGUAGAGCAAGAUUGAAACUACCGGUAAUAAUGUAAUUGAAAAUAUUAAUUAACUAGUUGAUUAAUAUAAUUAAAUUAAGGUAUUCCGCUAGAUUGUGGUUCUUCGUCUACCAUUGCUGAUAAAACUGGGAUCUUAAAAUGUUGUUGUUGUUGUUGUUGUUGUUGUUGCUGUUUUCAUGUCAUUUGCGGGAAGUUAGGAGGGAUAGGUUAAUUCAACGCUCCAUUCAUGCGCCUGCGCCACAGAAGGAAGUAAAGUUCCUUCUGUGGCUUCUCUGGUCGUGUGAUUUUGAAAUUUAACACCGCCUUUGAAAAAUCGCCACAUCGGAAACGCUCACAAUUAAUAAAACGCGGAGGCUUUUAAUGGAGUAAAUCUGUGUUUAUUUUGUUUGAUUAAGGUAAAUAUACCAUACAGAGGAGCUUGGUCAUCUUUAUAUCGGGACGAACAUCAGUGGCUUCAGGUUGAUUUCUAUGGUCGUUACACAAGGGUUACAGGUGUCGCCACUCAAGGACGAAACUUUAUAGACCAGUGGGUGACAAAGUACAAACUUUCAUUCAGCGAAGAUCGUAAAGACUUCCAGUAUUACGAGGAACAAGGACAAAUAAAGGUAAAAAAUAAAGGUAGUAGGGGGCUUAAGUAACGACGACAAGUUCAAGUCGGUUUUUAGAUCUUCGCGCGCCGUCGUCUCUGCAUGUAAUUGAAAAAUUGAAAAAUCCGUCGUAAUUCCUUAAUUGUUGCCUUAAAAGAAUAUAUCUAGGCUAUGUUUUUUACUCUUUAGGAAUUUGAUGGAAAUACGGAUAGGGACUCGGUUGUUUACCAUGACCUUCAAUCUCCAGUCUGGACCCGCUUAAUCCGUUUUCACCCAGUAACUUGGCAUAUACACAUCUCAAUGAGAGUGGAGUUGUAUGGAUACCAUGAAGGUAACUAAGUUGUAUGUUUUUGUUGUUUGUGCCAGUUUUGUUUUGCUCGUAAAUACCAAAAAUAGCUAGAGAAGUGUAAUUCAUGCCAUCGCGAAAUGCUACUGCUGAAAAUAAUAGAGUUUUAGCUCUUUUUGAAUUACAGUAAAACAAAACAAAACGACCCUCAGGAACACUGCCCUGACUUACCAUCCGAUGUUUCAAUUGCAUUGAAAUAUAAUUUGCUGAGAAAUCCCGCGCACUUUCUCGACCAAUCUUUCCUGGGAACCAGAGGCUUUUUAUCGCGUGCGGCGGGGGUUAUCGGGGUAUUCUGCAGGUGGAAGCCAUCACCUAAACCGGAAACCAAGCAUGCGCAUACGCAUACCCAGCUCAUCCCAAACCAAACCUGCCUUGUUCAUGGCCCUUUUCCAUCAAGAAUUGUUUUGACUGAUUAUACCUUUCAACUACCUGCAGGGUGUACAGACGCUCUCGGAAUGCAAAACUACCAAAUUUCCAAUGAACAAAUCACUGCUUCAUCAGAAUACGAUGGGAACCAUGCGGCCUUUCAAGGCAGGUUACACUUUAAAGGAGCUCCGCAUUUAUCAGCAUCUUGGAGCGCUCGCACAAGUGACGUCAACCAGUGGCUUCAGGUUGAUGUUGGUAGUGAUUACGCUAUUGUAACGCGAGUUGCAACACAAGGCAGGGACAGUGCUCAGCAGUUUAGUCAAUGGGUCACAAAGUACACGCUGCAGUUUAGUUACGACAGUGUGAAUUUUCAGGAUUACAAGAGACACAGGCAAACCAACGUAAGUAAGCAUACUUUCAGCCAACUUCCACCAAGAGGGAUAACAUGAGGACUAAUAUUAAGUGCUCUUCUUACAGAGGUCCCCCCAAACAGAGUGUCAAAGAAAAGGACUAGAAAACUGGGGGAGUUAAACCAAAUCUUGGUGUUCGCUUAACCAUUCCUAUCCUAGAGCAAGUUAUGGCAAGAUUAAUUAACUCUGUUGACGAAAUCCUAUGGUGUUACCAUUCAAAUGAAACCUUUCCGGCAUAACUUUUGCAUAGCGCUAAGUAUUUCUUAGGAUUAUUUCGACAGAAAGUUUACUUUCUUGGUUUUGUUUGGCCAUAAUUUUUGGUGAAAGGGUUAAGAAGGCUUUUGAUUGAUAGAAUAGCGGCGUCCGUUAAGAAAUAGUAUGCUGAUUUGAGUCGUCGCGCCAAGUCUACUAUGUGGAUCUUUAAUGUGAGAUCCCGAUCGCUCUUUAACCUCUGCGAAAAGGCGCAAAGUUCUGGUCAUAUCAACGAGAUACCGUCAUGUUAUUCUAAACCCUUCGUGAAUACGACAUGACAACAGUUUUGUCUAUAAACCUGCUGGACUAUGGGUAGUGGCUUAAUAUUUUGUGCGCUGGACUCUUGAUCGAGGAGUUGGGGGUUCGAUCCCUGGCCGGGGUCAUUAUAAUGUAUAUUUGGGAAGACACUUCACUUGGACAAUGGUUUGAUUUCACCAAUAACUGGGUACCGGCAAAUUUAAUGCCGGAGGUAACCCUGCGAUAGUGGCGUCAAGAUCCUGUCCGGGGAGGAGUAGAAAUACUCCUAGUUACUUCAUGCUAUGGACACAGGAUAAGCACGGCCUGACAGGCGACUUGGCUUUAAUGCAGACCUUACCUACGUACGCAACACAAACCUACUGUGGGGUACACAAAGUGACCUUUUUGUAAUGAUGUGCCUUUUAAAACACAUUUGUAAACGAAAUGCUCCAUUUCAUUACCCCUUUUAGCGGUGAAUCUUAGCCAUAUUUUAAGAGAUAAAGGGAGAUAACAGGCUUCUGUGUAUCACAAUUAACCUACCCGGGUACAUAAUCUUCUAGGUAGGUUGCAAAUUCCCAUAUGACACGCCCUAUUUUCUGUCUUAGGAAUUUGCUGGAAACACAGACGACGACACGGUCGUUACCCAUGAACUUCUCCCAGAAAUCAGGGCCCGUUAUAUUCGUUUUCUUCCAACUGCCUGGAAUAAUCACAUUUCAAUGAGAGUGGAGCUCUACGGGUUUUUACAAGGUAUUUUGCAACGUUAG